AUGGCAGCAAAUACCAGCUAUCAGCGACUGCAUCCUCUGCCUGAGUUAAAGGGAAGCUUGUUAUUGAAAUAUAGAUUGGCAAAGGCUUUGACUUUGAUCAGUCUACUUGCCAUUAUAUCCAUGGCAAUUUAUUCAAUCUUUAAUCCAAAUUUGAAUUUUGUUAGCGAUAAAGAAGAGGAUACAACAACAACAACAACAACAACAGCAGGAGCAGUAAACAACAAAGCGCAGCCCAACAUACUUGCAUCUCAAAAGGAUAAAUGUUACUUGCCAAACGAACUCAAAAUACGAAAAAGUGAAGAUGGAACUUACACACCACCGUCGCCACAUUAUUCACUUUUACGAGCUGUUCACUUUGCUUCUAAUGAAGAAUAUCAAAAAUACUGCCAACUGUACGAUACUGUCCUAGAUACCUUUUCCGAUGUAUGGCCGUACAAUCAGAAUGGAGAAUGCGGCAAUUGGCAAAAACAAUACAUAGGGCUGCACAAAAAAAACAUGAAGAUGCUUAAAAACUAUCAAGCUGGCAUUUUUCCUGAUAAAAAGGAUGCAGCAAUGAUUGAAAAUAGACCACGUUUUGUAUCCUAUAUUUGCAAAGAAGUGCCAAAAGAUAGUAAUAGAGGGUGCGGCGGUUUGGCCGACCGAAUGGGAGGCAUGAUCUCUACCUUCUUUUAUGCACUUUUGACAGAUCGUGCUUAUUUGCUCGAUUGGGCACCGAUGAAUCCUUUACCUUUGGAGGCAGUUUGGGAACGACCUCAUAUUGAUUGGUCGCAUGAUCCAGAAGAAAUGGAAUCCUUAUUCACAAUAAAUGAUGGUGAAGAAGAAGAGAACCCCUAUUUGGGUUAUCAGAAAGUAGAUACCCUCAAUAAGAAAUUGAAAGUGCUGACAAGUAUCAUGUUUCCUGAUGGCGCUGAUACUGAUUUUAAGGACCUGUGGAAUGGCACCUAUGUUGAAGUCCGUUCCAAUCGUGGUUAUAUCAUUCGCACAUUCAAUCAAUCACCCAAAUACCGUAAAAUGCUCAAUGAAAUGGGGCUAACUAAAGAAAACACGUUCCGUUGCUUGACUAACUUUUUAUUCCAACCUACAACUGGUUCACGCCGCUUUUUGAACGCUUACAAACGUCUCUUUGAAAUGGAAAGUGUCUUGAGUAUUGGUAUUCAAAUUCGCACGGAUGAUAAUGCAUUGGCCAAUCCUCAAAACGAUCUCAACACCAUGGAAAAAUGGCGCCACUUUUUCAAAUGUGCUGGAGAACUAGCAGCUUACAAAAAACAAUCUCAUCAUCGCCAUAUUGUGUUCUUUUUGGUAACAGACUCACAUCAUUUACGUGAAGAAUUUGUUAAUCUGAACGAGAACAAAGAAGCGAUACGUGAUUACUUUGGUGAAGAGGUGGCAGAUAUAAGUAGUCUGAUUAUUACGGGUUUGCCUAUUGAGCAUAUUGAACCAGAUCAGAUUGCCAAGUAUAUUCAUGUGGAAGACCCCAAGGCAGUGAAUUUGGAAAGAAUGCUGCCUGGAGUAAAUAGUGCCUAUAUGGAAAACUGGCUGCUAGGAGAAACACAAUACAGAGUGAUUAGUAUUCAAGGGUAUGGUAAAAUGGCUUCUUUCUAUUCUGGCGAUGACAGAACUUCUAUAUCUAUGCCAAAACCAAGUUUAAAGAAUAAUCUCCCUGCUUGUAAUACAGAUGAUGUGUUCACAACAUUUGACUGGCUCAGUACACAGUGGAGCUUAGGCUAA